CCAAAAAGUCAUCAACUUGCCAUGUAUAGGCCAUCCAAUGUUUGGCUAAUUAUCCAAAGCAAAUGACAUGAACUCCCAAGAGUUAUGGGUGCAUGCUUAUAGCAGACUCAGAUCAUGCAAAUCAAUAAGCAUAACUCAUCUCAAACAAACCCACACAUUUCUCAUCAAAACAAGGCCUCUUCCUCUUCCUCUUCCUCUCCCAACCCAACACCUCAUCUACCCUAAACUCAUUUCUUCUCCUCAUCACAACAACAACCUCACCUACAUUCUCUCCUUCUUAAACCACUUGGACAAGCCAGACCUCUGCCUCGGCCUCUACAAUGCCAUCAUCCAAGGCCUCAUCCCUUCCAAUCCCACAAACAAAACCACGUCCCUUCUUCAAGUGCUUGAACUACUUCGGCAUAUGCUCCUCAAUGGCCUCCUUCCUGACCACUACACUGUCCCCUCUGUGCUCAAAGCGUGUGCACAGUGCCGUGCGCUGAGAGAAGGCCAGCAAAUCCACGCCUAUGCAAUCAAAUCCGGACUCGUUUUGUCCAAUGUGUACGUCAACAACACAAUCAUGAGGCUAUAUGCAGUCUGUGGGUUUAUAAAUCACGUCCGGAAGGUGUUCGACGAAAGUCCUCAGAGGGACUUGGUAUCUUGGACUACUCUUAUUCAGGGCUAUGUUAAAAUGGGGCUGGCCAGGGAAGGCGUGGAGGCCUUCUUUGAGAUGUGUGAUGCGAAAAUGAGGCCGGAUGAGAUGACAUUGGUCAUUGUGCUCUCUGCUUGCUCUAAAUUGGGAGACUUGAGCUUGGGUAGGAAGAUAAGUAGGUACAUUGAUGAUAAUGGGGUUUACCCAGAUGUUUUUAUUGGCAAUGCGUUGGUUAAUAUGUACUUGGAGUGCGGCGAUGCUGAGCUUGCACGUGGAGUGUUUGAUGGGAUGGCUGUGAGAAAUGUAGUUUCUUGGAAUUCCAUGAUAUCUGGCUUGGCGCAUCAAGGGAAGUAUAAGGAGGCAUUGGAUGUGUUCCAGGAGAUGCAAAGAAUCGGUCUUGAACCGGAUGAUGUUACUUUAGUUGGUGUUUUGAAUUCGUGCGCGAAUCUUGGAGUGCUCGAGUUGGGGAAGUGGGUGCAUGCUUAUGUUGAUAGGAAUCAGAUUGAGGCUGAUGGGUAUAUAGGGAAUGCGCUUGUGGAUAUGUAUGCUAAGUGUGGAAGCAUAGACCGGGCAUUCAGGGUGUUUCAAGGCAUGAAACGGAGAGAUGUGUAUUCGUAUACUGCGAUGAUUGUUGGAUUAGCUAUGCAUGGGGAAGUGGAGGUGGCAUUGGAUAUAUUUUCUGAGAUGCCUAGAAUGGGUAUUCAACCUGAUGAGGUUACAUUUGUAGGUGUCCUUGCAGCUUGUAGUCAUGGAGGACUAGUGGCAGAGGGUCAGAAGUAUUUCAGGGAUAUGUCAACUGUGUACAAUCUUAGACCUCAGACAGAGCAUUACGGAUGCAUGGUUGACCUUUUAGGUCGUGCUGGGUUAAUAAAUGAGGCAGAGGAGUUUGUUAAUAACAUGCCAAUUGAGCCUGAUGCCUUUGUCUGGGGGGCACUAUUGGGAGCUUGCAGGAUACAUGGGAAAGUAGAGCUUGCUGAAACUGUGAUGAAGAAGCUAUUGAAGAUAGAGCCAGAGAGAGAUGGUGCAUACGUACUCAUGUCCAAUAUAUAUUCUUCUGCAAAUAAAUGGAGGAAUGCAGUGCAGUUGAGAAGGGAAAUGAAAGAAAAGAACAUGACGAAAACUCCUGGCUGUAGUUCAAUUGAACUUGAAGGUGUUGUUCAUGAAUUCAGAAAGGGUGACAAAUCACAUAAAAGAAGUAAACACAUAUACAAAUUGCUAGACGAGAUCAUGAGCCACAUAAAUGAUUAUGGGGUUUUGGCUCACAGAAGUACAUUCUUUUGAUAGUUGGAGGCAUAUCUUUUGAUAGUUGGAGGCAUAUCAACAGACAAUUGUUCCGCUAGAUAGAGGCAAAUUGUAGCUGGAAUGAUAUGAUGUAAUGAUCACUGCAGUUCACUUGGAUUUGAGGAUUUAUUGCAGUUUCUGAGGGGGGAUCAUUGUAGCUGCUACACUCGGUACCGCCUAGUGCAGAUGGAAAUGCAAAGAUUUCCCAACUUUCUAUGUCUUGACGAUUAA